AUGGAGCAGUCUAACCAGACAUCUUUGAAGAGCUUCAUUUUACUUGGUCUAUCCAGCAUCCCACACCUCCAAGUCACCUACUUCUUGAUUUUCUUGGUCAUCUAUACAGUCACAGUCUCAGGGAACCUUCUGUUAAUCAUAGUAGUGAGGAUCGAUACCAAUUUACAGACCCCUAUGUACUACUUCCUCAGCAACCUCUCAUUCAUCGACAUCUGCUUCUCCUCCACCAUUGUGCCAAAAAUUCUGGUAAACACUUUAGCAGAAGACAAAAGCAUUAGCUUCUUGGGAUGUGCCACUCAGAUGUAUUUUUCCUUAGCUCUUGGAGCGACAGAAUGUAUUAUACUGGCGGUCAUGGCUUAUGACAGGUAUGUGGCCAUUUGUAACCCUUUACGUUACUCGACAAUCAUGAACAAGAGGCUCUGUCAUUACCUGGCUUCUGGAUCAUGGUCUGUAGGCUUUCUAAACUCUGCCAUGCAUGCGACUUUCACCUUCCAACUUCCUUAUUGCAAGUCCAACCACGUCAACCACUUUUUCUGUGAGAUGCCUCCACUCUUCCGACUUUCUUGCAGGGACACUUUGUUCAAUGAAAUUGCAGUGUAUAUAUCGGGUGGAUUUAUUGCAUUUUGUUCAUUCAUGUUGACAAUCAUUUCGUAUUCCAAAAUUAUCUCCACCAUCCUGAAGAUCCGUUCGAGCAUAGGGAGGUACAAGGCUUUCUCCACUUGUGCCUCUCACUUGACUGUGGUGGCUCUCUACUACGGUACCAUUAUGUUCAUGUAUUUACGUCCACGUCAUAGUUACUCUCCAGACCGGGACAGGGCUGUCUCCAUCCUUUACACUGUGGUGACUCCUAUGUUGAAUCCCAUUAUCUACAGCAUUAGAAAUAAAGAUGUCAAAGGCACAUUAAGAAAAACCCUGGGUGCUAUCUGGAAAAAUCCUAUUACCCAGUUACCCAGCUAA